GUGAACUUGAGCAAACACCCCAGCCUUGCUGUUGGAAAGCACAACUGACCCACACCCCUAACUGGAUUGAAAGUAUAAUUUAACAUUAGCCCACCGGACGCUUUAUUUCCUCGGAUCUGGGAUGGGGAUUUCUUUAACUAGUUCUCGGGUUGUGUUGCUCUGCUUUAUAAUUGUCUCAGGCUAAGACAUUGCUGCAUGGCACAGCGCCAGGACAGUUGGUGUAACUUUGCCGGUCGCUUUGGUACCGCUGUCGUGCGGUGGCUUGAAUCCCUAUGGAGUUCACCUCGAUGCUCCCCGAUUCUUCGGCGAAAUGUCCCCCUAAAUUUCGACAUCUCUGCACCCCGACUUUGGGUCAUGAGGGAGGCGAUGGUGGAAGGCGGACUGAGGUCUGGUGCAGUGACAGAUCACUUGAUCUUUGCAAGAAAAACCUAACCUGUCUGAAGUGUGACAUGCCGAGAUAUAUCGAGCAUCUCUAUCUAGAGGGCAAUUUGCUACAAGAGUUGCCAGAGGAAUUAUUUGAUCACCUGCCACAGCUUGUCUGGUUAGACUUACGAAAGAAUAAACUGGAGAAACUGCCUGCUGCCAUUGGAAAGCACAGAUGUCUUCGAGCACUACUGUUGGAGACAAAUCCACUUAGAGAGUUACCUGUUGAACUAGGAAAUGUACAAUCCCUUAAAGCACUUAAUCUGAGGAACUGUCCACUCCAGUUUCCACCUUCGGAAGUAGUGAAUUUAGGCACACAAGUUAUUCUUUCCUUUCUUCGGGAGCAAGCUUGUAAACCUCUUCUUCAAACUCUAAAUCUAGAAACAGAUCACUACAUUCAAAAACCAAAUCAGUUCCACAGAGUCAUGAAGAUGCAAAAUUCACUGGAACUUCAUUCCAAUAUCCAGAAUAAAGAUGAGCUCCAAAGAACCACAAAAUCAUUACUAUCAGUCCAAAGUCAAAGACUUCAUGAUAGGUUUGUCCAUAAACCCAUGAUCUAUCGCAGCAUAAUCAACAGAAAAGAUAUUUUGGAAAGUGGUGACUGCAGGCAAAACUUUGAAAUAAAAGCAAACACCAAGGGUAAUACUGGCAAUAUACAUCAGAAGAGGACUGUUAAGGGAAAAAUUCUUCCUACUUUGAAAGAAUUGUUGGAAAAGCAAGAUUACACAGGACAAAUCCAAAGGAAGAAGAAGCAAUUAAAGACACAAGAUGCAAAACAUGAAAAGAAGAGAGACAUAAGGCUGGCACCAUUCGAGACUGAUCAGAAAAUUGAAGAUGAGAUAGAUGCUCUUAUGGAAAAGCAUUGUCAAACUAAGGCUAAAGAAGGAAGAGGAAAAGAACCAAGCAUUUCUAAAGUCAAUGACCUACAAAUGAAAUUGCAGCAACGGCUUCAAUGGCAUCAGGAGCAAAGAAGAAAUAAGCAUGUAAACACGCCAGUCUCACAUGAGGAUGAAAAUGCUAAGGAUCAGAAUACGAGGAAAUCUUUGGCUGAGUUGAAACAGGAAAGUACAAAACCUACGGAGUAUCGAUUCAGUGCUUACAUUGGAGAGUAUUAUUAAAUAGAAAUAAUUAUUAAAAUAAUAAUGAUUAAAGAAUUAUGCAUAGAUUGGGUUAAAAGCAUAAUAAGAAAUUUGAAUUUUGAUUUGCUCUGCAGUUUGGAAUUAUUCUUAUGAAGAUCUAACAUGGGAAACCAUACUGUACAUUGCAAAAAUAGCGCUGUGAAUAAUCUUUGAGAGAACAUUUCCCAGUCCUAGCAUUGGGGUUGCUCACUAAAUUUGCACAAUUGGCAAUAAUGGAGCAAAUUGAUUUAACUCACUCACUUGUGCUGCCUUACAGUUGUUUUGAAAGAGCACCAUAAAUAAUUUGGUUGCAAUCUAUUCUUUUGUUUUAUUAUCUUUAUGUUGGUCGUCAUCGUUUAUAGAUGGCAGUUUCAUUGAACCCAGCAUUGGAGGUAGGGUUCAUUUGCACAACUCCAGCAUCAAAGUGAUUUGAGUGCAUGGCAAACAAAGAUAUCUGAACUCUCCCUGCCUCUAAGGGGACGGUGAAACACAUCAAUGAGCACUCCGGAAGGAGCUGCAGCAACAGAAAGUGAACUGAGAGAUACAAACACCUUAGCCUCCGAAAAUGUCGGAUUAAUUUUUUGCACGAUUCAUGUAUUGUAUAUAGUUAUUACCUGAAUAAAGUCUAUUUUGAAAUUAAAAAAAAACCCAACAACAACAAAACAAAUAAAUAAAUAAUGAUAAGACAGAGUAAUUCAUAUACCAUUGGUUAAUUCUAAUAUACACACUGAACUUUUUUUUCUCUUCUCCCAUUAUGUACUAUGUUUACAUAUUCUGUUGUGCUGCAGCAAGCAAGAAUUUCAUUGUCCUAUCUGGGACAUAUGGCAAUAAAACACUCUUGACUCUUGACUCUUGAACCUUGGACUGUCUUUAAUGCACUAAUUUGUUGUACAACUGAACUGACUGGGGGUAAAAAAAAAGACACUUAAUGCUUGAGAAAUGCAGAGAAUCAGACAGCAUCUCUGGAGAACAUGGAUAAAUGUUGCUUCCAGUGGGGGCACUUCUUCAGAUUGAUUGUGGGAGGGAGAGAAAAUUGGAAGAGAAUUGAGGGCGGGACAAAGCCAGGCAAGUGUUAGGUGGAUACAGCGGGGUUUGGAUUAGCAGAUGGGUGGGACAAAGGUCAGUGAGAGAAAAAGACAAAAGAUUAUGAGAUAAGGAGAGUAGAGGUGUGAAAUAUGAAGCUGGAGGAAGAGAUGGAGGUGGAAGGGGUUGCGUGAGAUGGGAAAGUGGGAGAAAUAUGUGUGGGGCCAGGGAAGAGAUGAUGGUAAAAGGGGGAGGGGUCGUUGAUUAAUUACCUUACAUUAGAAAAUUCAAUGUUGAGUUUGUAAAUUACCCAAGUGGAAUAUACACAGCCUAGUGCCUUAUGUGGAACUUAUACUGAAUCAGGUCAAAAGCAUUGCAUCUUGCUUCCUGUCUAAGAAGGGUCUUAACAUCACCCAUUCCUUCUCUCCAGAGAUGCAUGCUUGUCCCGCUGAGUUACUCCAUCAUUGUGAGUCUAGCUUCGGUAUAAGCCAGCAUAUGUUGUUCCUUCCUACACAUGUCCCCAAAUCUUCUUGGCCCAGUCGCGUCUGCAUGGAACUCCAGACGUGUUGAGCGUUUUGAAAUAAAUGACUUCUAAGAAUGGGCAGCAGUUUGUUUUGCUUCACUCGGACUUGGUGCCUUUCAGCUCUCUCUCUCUGCUACUGAGUGGCUUUCAGCUGCUGCAGAUGUUGGUUCUCCAUUUGCUGAAGCCCAUUUUAAUCACAAACCUACUGUGGCAUCACGCUGACCCAUAGUCACAACUCUCAUCAGGUUCCCAAAUGAGAGAAUUAAAGUAUAAAGGACAAAAUAAGCCAUCUUUCCAUGACUCAUUAUACAUUUCUGUCUAUUUGAUGUCCUUUCCCUCUAACUCUGCCAACACCGAUUUAGGUUUGAGAUUUUGAACGUGUUUCUUUUCAGAGGUUUUGGAUUUGGGAUUCGAGAUGGCCGCCCUUCCCUCCAUCUCUCCUU